CGCGUCUCACUCGCUCGCCACAGAUAUCGCCACAGUCGCCGCCAAGUCCACCGCAAGGGAGGUCUCCGCGGGAGAGCUGGGCCUGGUGCGGGUAGCGGCGCGGCUGAGUUCACAAGCUGGGUUGCGUACGCAGCGUUAGUUCGGCCAAUACGCCACAUUGCGGCCCUGACCUAAGCCAGGUCCCGGUGUUGCUACAUCGGCGGGCGAUAUGGAAUACCACCACCGAUGCCGUGUGAGUAUGGCGCAGACACAUGGCUGCAUGCCGACGCUGAGCAAGAUAGCCGACCACAAUGUUAACUCUGAGGUACCAAACCCACGAGGAAGCGAGCAUGGUUCGCCCCAUGAUUUGAUAUCGCCAUCUUGGCGGCCAUCAGUCUUCAUCGACAUCAGUAUCGCCAACAUCAGUCCCGCCAAUACCAGUUCCGCCAACGGACGUUUCGCCAACAUUAGUCUAGCCAACAUCAGCCUGGCCAUCAUUGGGCUUGCCACCACUGGUUUCGCCAGCAUCAGUCUUGCCACCACUCGUCUCGCCGAUAUCAGUCUCCCAACCAUCAGUCUCGCCAGCAUCUGUCCCAACAUUGUCAGUCUCGGGUUUACCACCAUCAGUCUCGGCUCCAUCAGUCCCGCCACUUCACUACUCCUGGGCCGUCUACCACGAGUCGAAAUGGUUCAAAAGCAGCCUCCCGCUGACCAGCUGUGCAUGCCCUGGCGACAACCGAGGGGACUGCCACCGUUUGUUCUUACCCAUCGCAACGUCUGCCCCAACUCACUCUCUGACGGUACCGCAUCUUUCGCAUUGCCGGUGAAAGGUCUUCGCAGCAUGCAACAAGUCUUACUUCACCUCCGCGAUGGCUGGGACCGACUGCUGCCUGCGCCUUUCCUUUGCCGCACCAUCCCAUGUCGCAGCCGCACCCCCUCAUUACACCCACCCGCGCCUUUACCGUCGCGGACUUCACCGCCGGCGCUGCCACCUUACUCGACAGUGCGAGUAGAACCUCAUCGCUGGUCAAACCGAAGCACGGUACGACUUCUCCGCGCAACUUAAAGCAAACGGAGGAUCUCAAACGACCUAUCCAGCCAGCUCAAUAGCAGACAAGCCUCGCCACCAUCAACCACCGUACUAUAGCCCAAAACCAACGAGAUCACGAAAUCACGAGCACCACCUCCGACCUAAGCGAGCUUACACGCCCUCUUAUUCUGCUGGACUGGCGGCCUACCUAAUUUUACCCAUUUCAGUGCCCUCGCUGUGUGCGGCCAAGCCUACUCCAAACUCGCGCCUCCUGCGGCCAUUUCGACGUUGCUCUCCGGCCACGAGACUUCUCCACUACCCAUAUUGAGCUCCAGCUAUUCCGCCUUCAAUUACCUUGGUUCUA